AUGUUGUUACGCAAAUUGAAGGCCAUAGAGCUCAAGAAGGAUGACAAGCUGGCCAGUGUUCUGGAUGCUGUGGGGGAGUUCGGCACAUUCCAGUGGAGGCUGGUGGCCCUCACCUUGAUCCCCUAUGGGCUGCUGUCCUUCUUCAUGUUCUCAGAUAGCUUCGUUCUCACCGCCCAGAAACCCUACUGUAACACCAGCUGGAUCCUGAAAGUAGGUCCCAACCUCUCAGUGGCUGAGCAGAUGAACCUGACCCUGCCCCGAGCACCCGAUGGCAGUUUCCAGACCUGCCUCAUGUAUAUACCAGUGUCAUGGGAUCUCGAUUCCAUCAUCCAUUUUGGCCUCAAUUACACAGAAACAUGCAGAUAUGGAUGGAUCUACCCUUAUGCUGAGAAGCGCUCCCUGAUCAAUGAGUUUGACCUGGUGUGUGGCAAUGAACCAAACAAAGAGAACAUGCAGACUGUGUUUAUGGCGGGCGUCUUGACAGGGUCUCUGUUCUUCGGGUUCUUAUGUGACAAGAUAGGCCGCUAUCCCGUCUUCCUGAUGUCACUGGCAGGCUUCCUCUUCUUCGGAUUCGGAAUAGCCUUUGUGAAAAGUUUUAACCAGUAUCUGUUCUUCCGCUUCACUUCAGCCCAGGCAUCUCUGGGCUACGUCAUCAGCAGUUCGUCUUUAGUCAUGGAGUGGCUGGUGGGUGAGCACCGGACCCAUGCGAUCAUCCUGCAGCACUGCUUCCUGGCCUUAGGGAUCAUUCUCCUGUCAAGAGUUGCCACCAAGAUUUUCCACUGGAGGCUCGUGUUCUUACUGGCUGGCGCGCCCUUGUUUCCCAUCAUCUCCAAUAUCUGGGUUGUCCGAGAAUCCCCACGGUGGCUGAUGGUCAAAGGGAAGGUGGACGAGGCCAAAAAGGUUCUGUGUUACGCAGCUGAGGUGAACAAGAAGACCAUCCCUUUAAAUCUACUGAAUGAGCUGCAGCCGCCGGCAAAGAAGGUUAAGAAGGUCUCGAUCCUGGACUUCUACACCAAUCAGCACCUUUUCAAGGUGGUCUUGACCAUGGCCUGUGUGUGGUUUUCCAUCAGUUACAUCUAUUUCACACUGAACCUCAAGUUGAAGGAUUGUGGGAUAGAGACCUUCCUCAUACAAAUAAUCCCAGGCAUUCUGGAGGUGCCAGCCCGGCUGUAUUGCCUCGUUCUACUGGAGAUUUUGGGGAGAAAGUGUUCCCUCUUCGCGAACCUCAUUCUGGCUACCAUCUCGUGUUUCUUCCUCCUUUUCCUUACUCAAGGUACAACCUGCCAGGAAGGCUGGCCGUGCUGUCUUUACCCAGAGCUAAAGUCGACGAUAACCUUGAUGCUUGUGCUUGGACUGUUUAACAUUGUAGCCAGUGUCUCUGGGUUCUUCAUCUACACCUGUGAGCUCCUCCCCACUGCUCUCAGGUCUACAGGUCUGGGUAUGGUGGCUAUAGCCGUCUCAGCUGGAGGCGUCACAGCUCUGGCUGUCUACAACCAUAUCAAAACACAGCUGCCUGUUUUCUUCUGCUGUCUCUCUUGCGUUUUGGCCUUGUGUUUAUCCUCCUUGGUGCCAGAAACAGGAAACCAGCCUUUCCGUGAUAGCAUGGAAUACGAUUCAAGGUAG